CUGAUCUAUGUAGGAACUGGUUCCUUAUAGCUUUCGAAUGGUAGGACCAUUGGCGGUGUGGUGGCCUAUAAUUAGCACCACCCACCUCUUCCUGUGCUCAGGUGUCUUAAAAAGCGAUUGAGACACUCGCAGGUUUUUUUUUUAUUGCCCUUGUAGGCAGACGAGCAUACGGCCCACCUGAUGGUAAGUGGUCACCGUCGCUCAUGGAGGUCAGCAAUGCCAGGGGCAGAGCCAAGCCGCUGCCUACCAUUAAGUACUCUCCGCAAGCCUCGUAAAUCAACAGGCAGACUUGGCAGGUUGUUAGAUAUUGACUCAUUUUAUUCCUCAUAUAACAGGGAUGAGACGUCAGCUUAGUGCCCGAUUUUUCCUGGAUGAUGACGGGACAAAGGGGCCACGUGCCGGCGAUGUGUAGCACAACUGAUUUUUAUUAAUUUGUGACAUUUAUAAUACUGGUAAAUUACUGGUGGUAGGACCUCUUGCGAGUCCGCGCGGGUAGGUACCACCACCCUGCCUAUUUCUGCCGUGAAGCAGUAAUGCGUUUCGGUUUGAAGGGUGGGGCAGCCGUCGUUACUAUACUUGAGACCUUAGAACUUGUAUCUCAAGGUGGGUGGCGCAUUUACGUUGUGGAUGUCUAUGGGCUCCAGUAACCACUUAACACCAGGUGGGCUGUGAGCUCGUCCACCCAUCUAAGCAAUAAAAAAUAAUAAUAAUAAUAAGGGUACAUUUAAAUUAGUCUUGUGUAUUCCUCCUUUGCUUAUUUUGUUUCUUUUUUUAUUUAUUUAUUCCAUUCAAUACAAAGUCAGGCUUACAGUUUGCACCAAAACGCCUGACUCGUUAACACAAAAAACAUUAUUAAAAUUAUUAAGUACUAUAGCAAUGCUACAUUUUACCUACAACGCUGCACUGUGACGCGCUCACUCACACAACGAUAACCACGAGUAAUCUACGCAUCGCCACCCCACUACGACGUCAACGAUCGCUAUUUAAGAGGCCGCAGCACGCCAGUUAUCACAUUCGAUAGCUAGACGGCAACGAGUGCGAUAGCCCCGCAGUCCACUCGUCUGCCCAAGUUUGAUCUGAGCGGUAGCCCCGCAGCCCUCAGAAAAAGCAUCAGCUAGGAGGUUAAGGAACGCGGUAGCCCCGCAGCCCGUUCCAAGAACCACCCUUAGGAAUUGUACGUUUACUGUAAUAUCUACGUAUCCGUGUGUUUUGUAUAAUUUGUUACAUGAACGAAUAAAGUUCCUGUUUACUCAGCCAUCAGUUAUUUAAAUUCAUCUGGCAACAUCAUAUUGGCGCCCAACGGCAAAAAAAAAAAAUCUACCAAGGGUCUACCCUCAAUAAAUUGGAUUUGGAAGAAUUGUAAUCUACCCACACAAAAUGUCAGAAGAAAAACCUGAACUGAUGGUUAUGACGCAGGAGCAAUUCACGACACUCAUUAACAAGUUGUCAAUUACAUACGAAGGUAGCCAACACAAAAGCAGUUUCGCUCGUUGCACAAAAAGGUACGACGGAGAAAGAAAUCAUAAUAAAGUAGAAGAAUUUAUCACAAAUAUUACUAUCUACAAGAAAAUUGAAAAAAUCACCGACGAAGACGCUCUCGAAGGAUUAACGUUGUUACUAACAGGACAAGCAGCUACGUGGUGGAGUGGCGUCAAAGGUGAGAUAAAAAAGUGGAAUCCAGCUUUAGACGCGAUCAGAAGUGCAUUUGCCCCAAAAAUGCAACCGCAUGAAGUUUAUCUGGAAUUGUUUGCGAAGAAGCAAACAAACGAAACUAUUGAUGCAUUUGUUUGUGACAAACGUGCCUUGCUAUCGCAUCUUCCAGCAAAAAGGCACAAGGAAGAAGAGGAACUGGAUUUCGUAUACGGACUCCUCAAUAUCCGCUUCAAAAAAGAAAUUCCUCGCUAUGAGAUCAAAUCGUUCUCAGAGCUAUUGGAACGAGGUCGACAUAUUGAAAACCUUGCCAAAGAAGCCGAAGAAAUUGCAGAAACUAGCCUGCGCACGGGUAUUGAGAGGAAGCAGCCGAAAAGAUGUUCGUACUGUGGCAAGAAAGGCCAUCUUCAAGAAGUUUGCCGUAAAAGAUUGUCAGAGGAAGCAAUGGGAAAAAAUAUGUCCUCAAGCGAAAUUGUACAGAUAAGCUGUUAUGGUUGUGGAGCACCGGGGGUAUUUCGCAGCAACUGCAAAACGUGUAAAAACAAUGAAACGCCGCCAAAACCAGUUUCAUUUUACGCACUACAAACUACCAUUAAUAAUGCCAAAAUACCAACCAUUGAAAUCAACGUGAAAGGCGAACAUGGCUACGCACACAUUGAUACCGCAGCUAAAACUAGUAUGGCAGGUACACAUUUGUACAAGACACUAGUAUGUCAAGGUACUAAAUUUGACGAAAAGCAAGCUGACGUCAUCCUCGCUGAUGGUACCAAACGAAUAACGAAGCUACUAACUGCUAAAGUGGAUGUUGUGGUAGGAGGACGACUUUUACCUAUCACAUUUUCUGCAAUGCCAGAAGCAGAAGACAACAGAACCCUGCUUGGUAUAGAUUUCUUGGAGAAGUUUGGAAUUGUUCUAAAUUUACCCCAACGAGUGUGGUACUUCUUGGAUGAUCCAAAACAAAAAUUUCAGUUUAUAAGAUUGUCAAGCGACAUAGUUCCGUUAAAGGCAGCUAGAUCGCUGACCUUUAAUGAGAGACCUUGCAAGAUUGACAACGGUGAAGCGGGUUUGAGCGAUUUCCUAAAAUACGCUAAGGAGUUAAAGAUGCUUUCACCAAUGAAAAAUACUCCUUCACCACUUCACAGCGAACAUGGUGAUAUCAGUCCCAUCCCAACCAAGAAAGCCCGUUAUGCAUUGGUAAAAUUGGACACACCGCCACGACCAGUGCGACCACGUGAACCAGCCGAUGCAGCAUCUUGUGUUGAUCCUCGCAUUACUUAUUUACCAAUAAAUCCUAUAAACAUGUAUUCUUUGGACAUUUAUUUGAAACCUCACGAAGGCUCUGUGUUCACAAAUGAAGAACGAGUAGUAUUCAAUGAUCUACUUCAUGAAUAUAGGGACAUAUUCAAUAAAAACGGAAAUCCCACACCGUUCGCAGUACAUAGAAUAGACACGGGAACACAUCCGCCUAUUAGUGUUAAGCCCUACAGAUUGUCACCAGCUCGACAAACACAACUUAGGGAAAAACUUGAUGAAAUGAUUAGUAAUGAUAUAAUCGAAGAGAGUGAUUCACCAUGGGCAGCACCCGUUAUUCUAGUACCAAAAGGGGAUAACGACGUUCGAGUUUGCAUAGACUAUAGAAAACUAAAUGAAAUCACAAAACCAGAUAGGUAUCCAUUACCACGUAUUGAUGACCUGCUUCAUCAAGCAAAGGGGUUGCCAUAUAUGUCUACACUCGACUUACAAUCAGGAUACUAUCAAAUAGUGGUAAAUCCAGACGAUCAAGACAAAACAAGCUUUAUAUCACCGUUUGGAAACUUUCGUUUUAAAAGAAUGCCAUUUGGAUUACGAAAUGCUCCAGCAACUUUUCAAAGGCUAAUGGAUAAAUUUAUACAAGGCUUAAAGACAAAGUACACACUAGCAUACUUAGAUGAUUGCAUAACAAGAGCAUACUCCUUUAAAGAGCAUGUAGAGAAUCUGCGAGAAAUAUUUAAUAAGCUACGUGAGUAUAAUCUCAGAGCUAACAGAAACAAAUGUAAAUUCGGGUGCACAGAAAUAAAAUACCUAGGACAUAUUAUUGUACCUGAGGGAAUAAAGUCUGACCCAGAAAAGGUAUCAGCAAUUAUGAAACUCAACAAACCCAAAACAAUGAAACAAUUAAUGUCGUUUCUCCAAACUGCGUCAUGGUAUCGAAGAUUCAUAAGAAAUUUUGCACAAAUUGCACAACCUUUAACCAAUCUAACAAAGAAGAAAGUAAGUUGGAAAUGGGAGUCAAAACAACAAGAAGCUUUCGACAAAUUAAAGCUCGCUUUGACGACUGCCCCAGUCUUAAGACAAGCUAACACUAAUUUACCUUUCACAAUUAAAACAGAUGCAAGCCAGUAUGCUAUAGGAGCAGCUUUAGUGCAGGGGGAGGGAGAAGAAGAACACCCAGUAGAAUACGCAAGUAGACUCCUGAAUACAGCUGAAUGCAAUUACACUGUAACUGAGAAAGAAGCAUUAGCCAUAGUUUGGGCUAUUUCAAAGUUCCGAGGAUACAUAGAAGGAACAAAAUUUGUGACUAUAACAGAUCACCAACCGCUGAAGUGGUUAAUGAACCUAAAAACUCCAACGGGUCGUCUACCACGUUGGGCACUCCAGUUACAACCCUAUGAUUUCCAAAUUAAGUAUUCUCCAGGACGAACUAAUGUCGUGGCCGACACACUAUCUCGACCACCAUGUCAGGAUCAUGAUGAAGAUUGUACCAUUUGUCGUAUAGAUCUCGAGAUGCCGAAACCUAAUGAAAAACAUUUAACAGACGAACAAUUAAAAGAUGAAGUUCUAAAAAAUAUAAUUGAAACUUUAGAAGAAGGAGGACAUUCCAUAAACUAUGCUGAAUAUGUUAAAAAAGGAUAUAUACUACAUAAAGGUGUUUUGUAUCUUUACACUCCAGAACAAGACGACGAAAAUGCAAAAUUAGUAGUCCCUUCUCACGAAAUAACUAACGUCCUUAAAGCGUUUCACGAUUCACACACUGCUGGACAUAUGGGAGCAGAAAGAACUCUUCAGCGAAUCAUAAAUAAAUUUUAUUGGAAAGGGCAACGAAAAGAUGUCAUAAAAUACGUGAAAACGUGUGAAGAAUGUCAGAAAUAUAAACCUUCAAAUCAGAAACCAGCAGGUUUAUAUCAAUCUACUCCAAAUACCCAGAGGUUUGAAGUAUUAUCAGUAGACUUGUUUGGUCCGUUACCAAAAGGCCUUUCUGGUGAAAAAUGGAUAUUUAUAAUAGAAGACAUGGCUUCACGAUGGGUUGAAAUGUUUCCGUUGAGAGAAGCUACAGGUGAAAGCUGCGCUUUGAUUUUGCUAAAUGAAAUAUUUCUCCGAUACGGAUUACCACGAAAAAUUGUUUGUGAUAAUGGAGUACAGUUUAUAUCGGCAGUAAUGCAAAAACUUACAUACUGCUUAGAAAUCCAACAAGUUUUCACUCCAGUAUAUCAUCCUGAACCAAAUGUAGUUGAAAGAAAGAAUAGAGACAUGAAAACACAAAUAGCUAUAAUGGUUAAAGACAAACACAAUUUGUGGCCGUCAACACUUCCAGCUAUACGAUUUGCAAUGAAUACAGCUCGUUGUCGAUCUACAUGCUUUUCACCAGCCUACUUAACGUUUGGAAGAGAAUUACGGACACCGUACGAAUUGACUCAUGACCUUAGUUCGAUAGUAGCAUCUGAAAAUUUUCUGGCAGAAAUCACACCUAAGCUAAAACAACUAGCCCAGGAUUUGAAACUAGCAAGAGAAAAUGCAGAGAUCAACAUGGAUGAAGCUUGUCAUAAAUCAAAUAAUAAGAGAAGACCAGACCCAGGACAUAAAGUUGGAGACCUAGUCUUAAUAGAAUCCCAUCCUAUUAGUAAUCUUAACAAGCAAUUUUCUGCCAAAUUUGCACCAAAGCAAGAUGGUCCUUAUGUGAUAAUGAAGAAACACGGUACUUCUACCUAUGAUGUUGCACACCCAGAUUCACCAGAUAUAUCAAUUGGGAAAUACCACUCCUCUGCAAUGACAAAAUUUGAGAAGAGAGCUGAUAGCAUAGUUCAGCCGACUUAUCCAAUACGUCGUCGAGGACGACCACGUAAAACCUAAGGUGCUGAUACUCUGUCGAGACGACUUUAGAGUACCAGAGGGGGAGGAUAUAGCAAUGCUACAUUUUACCUACAACGCUGCACUGUGACGCGCUCACUCACACAACGAUAACCACGAGUAAUCUACGCAUCGCCACCCCACUACGACGUCAACGAUCGCUAUUUAAGAGGCCGCAGCACGCCAGUUAUCACAUUCGAUAGCUAGACGGCAACGAGUGCGAUAGCCCCGCAGUCCACUCGUCUGCCCAAGUUUGAUCUGAGCGGUAGCCCCGCAGCCCUCAGAAAAAGCAUCAGCUAGGAGGUUAAGGAACGCGGUAGCCCCGCAGCCCGUUCCAAGAACCACCCUUAGGAAUUGUACGUUUACUGUAAUAUCUACGUAUCCGUGUGUUUUGUAUAAUUUGUUACAUGAACGAAUAAAGUUCCUGUUUACUCAGCCAUCAGUUAUUUUAAUUCA